UUGCGAGGCUUGGCUGAUGUGAUGCUCUGCGCAUGCGCCUUGGUUCACCAACAUCAGGAGGAAAGAGGAUGGCGGAGGAUGGAAAGGAAGAGUCAGUGGUUACUGACGACUAUUCAGACCGCACAGCUGCGGACGGGAGCCACAGCUUAAACAACACGAUGGUGGAAGAGGGCUCCACGCUCCUUCGCAGAAUGGAGAUCUGUGUUGCUGAGGCCGAGAAAAGGAGUGGCAAAAACGCAGUGAGCAUGCAGGAGACAUUCACGGUGUACCUCAUCGAAACCCGGCCGAUGGAUGCGGUCGCUGAAGGUUGUAACCCAGCCCCUGACUCUCUGUGGAGGAGAUACAGUGAAUUUGAACUGCUGCGGAACUAUCUAAUAGUUACCUAUCCUUACAUCGUCGUCCCCCCUCUGCCUGAGAAGAGGGCAGAGUUUGUGUGGCACAAGCUGUCGGCGGACAACAUGGACCCGGACUUUGUGGAGCGUCGGAGGGUCGGGCUGGAGAACUUCCUGCUUCGUGUGGCAUCUCAUCCAGUCCUCUGCAAUGACAAGAUCCUCUACCAUUUCCUCACCGAGGAACACGGCUGGAAAGAAGUGGUGUAUGAGACAGGAUUUCAGGCAAAGGCAGAUUCCAGGCUGAGAGCUCUGAGUGCCACCUUCAGAGUGAGAAAUCCAGAUAAACGCUUCAUGGAAAUGAAACACCACAGCGAUCAGCUGCAGUCUCACACGUCUCAGCUGCUCCGGGCACGAGCAAGGGUUGCAGAUCGACUCUACGGUGUUUACAAGGUCCAUGGGAACUAUGGAAGAGUCUUCAGUGAGUGGAGCGCCAUCGAGAAAGAGAUGGGAGAUGGACUGCAAAGUGCCGGUCAUCAUAUGGAUGCAUAUGCCACCUCAAUAGAUGAUAUCUUAGAAGAAGAGGAACAUUAUGCAGACCAAAUGAAAGAAUAUCUCUUCUAUGCUGAAGCUCUGAGGGCAGUGUGCAGGAAACAUGAGCUUGCCCAGUUUGAGCUUGAGAUGGCCUCCCAGGACCUCAUCUCCAAGAAGCAGCAACGUGAGGAGCUGGCCACAGGGAUUGUGCGGACAUUCUCCUUCAAAGGCAUGACCAACAAGCUUUUCGGCCAAGAGGCACCUGAGCAGAGGGAGGCCCGGCUGAAGCUCCUGGAGGAGCUGAUAGCAGAGGGUGAAGAGAUUGUCAAAGAGAAAACGGUGGAGUGCGAAGAGCAUGUUGAAAAGGCCUGGGUGGACAUGCAACGCUUCCAGGAGCAGAAAGACAAAGAUCUGCGGGAAGCGCUCAUCAACUAUGCUGUCAUGCAAAUCAGCAUGUGCAAAAAGGGAAUACAAGUAUGGAGCAACGCCAAAGAAUGUUUCCUCAAGAUGUAAAGCUGAAGCCAUAUUCAAAAGACAUCCACCUUCAGUGAUGCUCAGGUGUGGACGCUGGGAAAAGAUGCUAACGUCCCCUGACUGAGGUUUGGACCGCAGUAAAGUAACAAAGUUAUGAGAUAAUUUGAUUUCAAGAAUUUACACAGAAUUGGCUCACGUGCUACUAAUUUGCAAUAGUGAUCUACAUUCACUGUUAACCUUGUGAGGAGUGAAAAGGCAUAAGGAGAUAGUGAGAAGGUAUGUGUGUGUGGAGGAACUCAAAGCACAUGACUUGGACACUGGACACCAGGGUUCACAGAAUUGACUUUUUUUUGGAGCUUGACCCAAAAAGGGAUAAAGAGACAGUUUAUCUCAAACACUUUUUCAUAAAUUGAAACCGUUCUGUUUUAAAUUCUCUUUCUUCUCAGUCACUCACAACUUUAUGGAAAAGCAAUGCUAAAUUACUCGUUCAGUUUGUUUAGGGGUGGUGAAGAGUGUCUGUCAAACUCUGCUACUAACCAGAGUUUGUGCUGUCUGUUAAGGAGAGUCUUGUCCAAUUCCAAAUGGAUUCUGGUGUGGUUUGUUUAUGGUGUGAAAUUUUGCGAUAGUAGAAUUAAAUGCUAAAUAAAGUAAAAAGUGAACUAUCAGACAAAGGUGAUUUUAGACUGUCUUCAGGGGUGCAGGAUGCCUUUUUUGUGUCUUUGUCUAAUGAUUUGUCUAAUAAUGCCCAUAUCAAUCAGUUAGAUCAAUAUCAUGAGAGAGCACACGGUAAACAAACUCACCAGGUUCAAUGAAGUGCAGCAUGACUUGCAAUCAUCUGGGGAUUCAUGUUUACUUGUCUUUUCUCAUUUGUAAUAAAUGAUUGAGAACCAAAUUAGACCAGAACUAAGAGAGAAGAAAUGUGUCAUAUUUGACCUUCAUCCAAACCAAAUGAACUGAACUCAAGGUGUGAAAGUGCCAAAGCAUAACUAAGGUGCACCCAUUCCAAUUGGUAUCAGAUUUUUGGUGCUCAAGUGCGACGUCUAGUGGCUAAAAAUAAUCUCAUACAUAACCAUAACCUUUAAAAACCAAUGAAAAUAUGAUGCAAAGAAACAUCAUUUAAGUGACAUUACCAUUCCCCUCUGCUGUGAGGUAACUGCUUACAUUUCUGCUUUAAAUGAAUUAGUCAAGGUGAAGAGGCUACAUUACAUGUACUGAUGUACAGAAAGCUGCACAUAAGGUUCCUCAUAUUCAGUCUGAGAUGAUUUUAUUAGAGUUUAAUUGAAUUUAACUGUUUAUUGACUGAAAUGUUUUCUCGUACAUGUUCCAUAUGUUAUUUAAAUAACAUUUCAUGUUUUUGGUGCUUGUCAGCAAUAAGUUUUUUGAGUGUAUUUAUGAAGUUUUCAUAAUUCCAUUUGUCUUUACUCUUAUAUUUACAUUUUUAAUGCUCAGUUUGGAUCUUGCGAUUGUUUGUUUUAUUUAUUUGAAUAAAAUUGUGUCACACCUCUGCAUGUAUUCUUAUUUCGUUAUUCUGACUGCACGUCAUACUGUGGCUGAUACUGCUAUUUUUCCACCUAACUGAAGACAUCAUCAAGUCUGUAGUGGAAUGAACAUAUUAUUAUGCCUUCUCUUAUUGUGAUGGCCCACUGGCAGAGGCAAAGUGAAAAUACAAUGCUUUUCUAAAUGUUACCAUUCACUGGGCAAAGUAAGAAAAUUACAGCAAUUUCUCAAAUAUAA